AUGACAUCUAUUGAAAAUUUUCAAUCAGAAGGGUCACCUAUAUCAAUGAAAUAUAAAAGAACAAAUACUAAUAAAUCAGGAAAUUCAAUAACAUAUUAUCAACCUCAAUUGCCACCUGUUCCUGAUUUUAUAGCAGUAAAAUCAAAAUUUGAUGCUGAAUUUAGAAGAUUUAUUAUAACAUUUAAUAAUGGAAAAGCAAUGACAUAUGAAGAAUUAAGAUCAUUAUUGGAACAGGUUCAUCAUCUUCAAGAAAUUCCAUUUAUAAUAAGUUAUACUUCAAAUUCUGGUGAUACUUUACCUAUAACAAAUGACGAAAAUUUUAGAAAAUCUUAUGAAUCAGCAAAACCAGCAUUAAAAAUAUUAAUUCAAAGAAAAGGUGAAUCAUUACAUGAGAGGUAUGGAUAUGGUAUGGAUACAUUAGAUAGAAAAAGAAAAGGUAUUUCAUCAAUUCUUACAGUUACACCUAAACCACAAAGAUUAUAUAGUAUUUCUAAUCCAGCUGAUUUUCGACAGGUUUCUGCAAUUAUUGAUGUUGAUAUUAUUCCUGAUACAUUGAGAAGAAUAAGAAUAUCUAAACAUGGUAAUAAUGAUAGAGCUCUAGGAUUUUAUAUUAGAAAUGGAAAAACAGUAAGAAUAUCGAAUCAAAAUGUCAUUCAUACAAAUGGAAUAUUUAUUUCACGUCUUUUGGAAGGAGGAUUAGCUGAAUCAACAGGUUUAUUAGCUGUAAAUGAUGAAGUUCUAGAAGUUAAUGGAAUUUCAGUAGAUGGUAAAAAUUUAGAUCAAGUAACUGAUAUGAUGGUUGCUAAUGCAGAAAAUUUAAUUCUUACAGUUAAACCAGCACAUCAAACAUCAGUAGUUAACAGAAAUGAUAGUAGUUAUAAUUCAAAUAGGACAAAUUCAAAUUCAUCUUUUAGUGUUGGUGAAAUGCACGAAAAUAAGAAUAAUAAAAGUGGAGAGUAUACAAUAAUUCAUAGAAAAAAUAAGGAUGAUGAUACAGAUUCUAGUGAUGAUGAAAUGUUUGAAUAUGACGCUACCGUUCAAAACAACAAUGGGGGAAGAAGAUGA